AAUAUUUCAGAGAAGAAGAGCUCGAACAGGCGACACACAUAUCAUUGUACUUCUUUAAAGAUGUCGCCUUAUAACUAUAUCUAUCUGUACACAACUACAUAUGGUCAUUCAGAUGUUUUCUCACUCCCAACCACGAGCACCGGAGGUGGUAGCAGAAGGACUCCAGAAUAGCCCAAACAUGCUUCGUCAGUUGGUUUAUUUAGUUUUCUGUUUUGGAAAUGCAAAUCCGGAUCUUGGAGUUAUUUAUGUGUUUCAAUUUUCAUUUCUAAAAAGGUUUGCUGGAGCCAGCACCCUGCGCACAUGUUACUCAUUUGAGAAUUACAAGAUAACUUUGCACUCCACAACAGGCCACAGUGAGGUACUCCUACAAAUAGUGGUUAGAAGAGGGGGUGACAAUGUUGCACAGUGGUGUGGUACCAAAACGACAAAAGAGGUGAAGCAAGCUGCUGCCGGGAAAGGAGAAGGGUGACAGAUGCAACCUUGCCAUCCCUUG